AUGAUGGCCCUGGUCUUGUGGGUCUCUACUUUGUUGACCUCAGUCUGCCUGGUAGCAGCCAACAUCUUUGAGUACCAGGUAGAUGCACAGCCACUCCGUCCCUGUGAGCUACAAAGAGAGAAGGCCUUUCUGAAGCAGGCUGAAUAUGUUCCCCAGUGCUCUGAAGAUGGAAGUUUCCAGGCAGUCCAGUGCCAAAAUGAUGGCCAAUCUUGCUGGUGUGUGGAUUCUGAUGGCAGGGAAGUACCUGGCAGCAGGCAGCUGGGGAGGCCAACAGCUUGUCUGUCCUUCUGCCAGCUACACAAGCAACGGAUCCUGCUGGGCAGCUACAUUAACAGCACCGAUGCUCUCUACCUUCCUCAGUGCCAGGAUUCAGGGAACUAUGCACCAGUACAGUGUGACCUGCAGAGAGUGCAAUGCUGGUGUGUAGAUACAGAGGGGAUGGAAGUGUAUGGCACCCGCCAGCAGGGCAGGCCAACUCAGUGUCCAAGGAGCUGUGAGAUAAGAAACCGGCGUCUCCUCCAUGGAGUAGGAGACAGGUCACCACCCCAGUGCGCUGCAGAUGGGGAGUUUAUGCCUGUCCAGUGCAAGUUUGUCAAUACCACAGACAUGAUGAUUUUUGAUCUGAUCCACAACUAUAACAGGUUUCCAGAUACGUUUGUGACCUUCAGUUCCUUCCGGGGCAGGUUCCCUGAAGUGUCUGGGUACUGUUACUGUGCUGACAGCCAGGGGCGGGAGCUGGCUGAGACAGGACUGGAAUUGUUACUGGAUGAAAUUUAUGACACCAUUUUUGCUGGCUUGGACCAGGCCUCAACCUUCACUCAAAGCACCAUGUACCGGAUAUUGCAGAGACGGUUCCUGGCCAUUCAAUUAGUCAUCUCUGGCAGAUUUCGGUGCCCUACUAAGUGUGAAGUAGAACAGUUUGCUGCCACCAGAUUUGGUCAUCCUUACAUCCCGAGCUGCCACAGAGAUGGUCACUACCAAACAGUACAGUGCCAGACAGAAGGGAUGUGCUGGUGCGUGGAUGCCCAGGGGAGAGAGAUUCCUGGCACUUGGCAGCAAGGGCAGCCUCCAUCCUGUGCUGCAGAUCAGUCGUGUGCCUCAGAAAGGCAGCAGGCCUUGUCAAGGCUCUACUUUGAAACCCCAGGCUACUUCAGUCCACAGGACCUUUUGUCUUCAGAGGACAGGCUUGUCCCUGUGAGUGGUGUAAGAUCGGACACAUCCUGCCCACCCAGAAUCAAGGAACUCUUUGUUGACUCUGGACUCCUACGUUCUAUAGCUGUGGAGCGCUACCAACAGCUUUCUGAAUCCAGAAGUCUACUAAGAGAAGCCAUCAGAGCAAUUUUCCCCUCCCGGGAGCUGGCAGGGCUUGCCCUUCAGUUCACCACCAACCCCAAGCGACUCCAGCAAAACCUCUUUGGAGGGACAUUUUUGGCAAAUGCUGCUAAGUUUAACUUGUCAGGAGCCCUUGGUACAAGAAGCACAUUUAACUUCAGUCAGUUUUUCCAGCAGUUUGGUCUCCCAGGCUUCCUGAAUGGAGACAGAACUACUAAUCUAGCCAAACUACUCCCCGUGAGACUGGACUCCACUUCUACCCCAGAAACUGUGUCUGAGAAGACAGUUGCUAUGAAUAAACCAGUUGUGGGUACCUUUGGCUUCAAAGUCAACCUACAAGAGAACCAAGAUGCCUUAAAAUUUCUUGUUUCUCUCCUGGAACUUCCAGAAUUUCUUGUCUUCUUGCAGCGGGCUGUUUCUGUGCCGGAAGAUAUAGCGAGGGAUUUAGGAGACGUGAUGGAAACUGUGUUCAGUGCUCAGGCCUGUAAACAGACACCUGGGAAGUUCUUUGUCCCAUCAUGCACUGCUGGAGGAAGCUAUGAGGAUGUGCAAUGCUAUGCUGGAGAUUGCUGGUGUGUAGAUUCCCGAGGCAAAGAACUUGAUGGCUCAAGAGUCAGAGGUGGACGCCCAAGAUGUCCCACCAAGUGUGAAAAGCUGAGAGCUCAGAUGAGAAGCCUCGCAAGUGCGCAGCCUGCUGGCUCCAGCUUUUUUGUUCCUGCUUGUACUAGUGAGGGAUAUUUUCUGCCUGUCCAGUGCUUCAACUCAGAAUGUUACUGUGUUGAUGCUGAAGGCCAGGUUAUUCCUGGAACUCAAAGUACGGUUGGAGAAGCCAAGCAGUGUCCCAGUGUCUGCCAGUUACAGGCUGAACAAGCUUUCCUUGGGUUAGUGGGAGUUCUGCUCUCUAACUCUAGCAUGGUGCCCUCCAUCUCCAGUGUAUACAUCCCCCAGUGCAGUGCCAGUGGCCAGUGGAGGCAUGUGCAGUGCGAUGGGCCCCAUGAGCAGGUCUUUGAGUGGUAUGAACGAUGGAAGACUCAGAACAGUGAUGGCCAGGAACUGCCCCCAGCCACACUACUAAUGAAGAUCAUGAGCUACAGAGAAGUAGCUUCCAGAAACUUCAGCCUCUUUCUUCAAAGUCUCUAUGAUGCUGGCCAGCAGAGAAUCUUCCCAGUGCUAGCACAGUACCCAUCUCUUCAAGAUGUUCCACAGGUAGUGCUGGAGGGAGCCACAACUCAGCCUGGGGAGAACAUUUUCCUGGAUCCAUACAUCUUUUGGCAGAUCCUAAAUGGCCAGCUCAGCCACUACCCAGGGCCCUACUCAGACUUUAGCGUGCCUUUGGAACACUUCAACCUCAGGAGCUGUUGGUGCGUGGAUGGGGCUGGUCAGGAAUUGGAUGGCACUCGGACUAAGCCAGGCGAGAUCCCAGCAUGUCCUGGCCCCUGUGAGGAAGUGAAACUUCGUGUCCUGAAAUUUAUUAAGGAAACAGAAGAGAUUGUCUCGGCCUCCAAUGCUUCUUCAUUUCCACUGGGAGAGAGUUUCUUAGUGGCCAAGGGAAUCCGGCUGACCAGUGAGGAGCUUGGCCUUCCUUCCCUCUUCCCAUCCCGGGAUGCUUUCUCUGAGAAGUUCCUACGUGGGAGCGAAUAUGCCAUCCGUUUGGCUGCUCAGUCCACCUUGACUUUCUAUCAGAGUCGCCAUGCUUCCCUGGGAGAGUCCAAUGGAGCAGCCAGUCUUCUGUGGUCAGGGCCCUACAUGCCACAGUGCAAUAUGAUUGGAGGCUGGGAGCCUGUACAGUGCCAUACUGGGACGGGACAGUGUUGGUGUGUAGAUGGAUGGGGAGAGUUCAUCCCAGGCUCUCUGAUGCCGCGCUCCUCACAGAUGCCCCAGUGCCCCACAAACUGUGAGCUAUCCAGAGCCAGUGGGUUGAUUUCUGCAUGGAAACAGGCUGGACCCCAAAGAAAUCCAGGCAGGGGAGAUCUGUUCACACCAGUCUGCCUCCAGACGGGAGAGUAUGUCAGGCAGCAGACAUCAGGAACAGGAAUGUGGUGUGUGGAUCCAGCCUCAGGAGAAGGGAUUCGAGCGAACACAAAUGGCAGUGCUCAGUGUCCUGGCCUCUGUGAUGUCCUCAAGAGCAGAGCCCUGUCCAGGAAAGUCGGCCUUGGCUACACUCCAGUCUGUGAGGCACCGGAUGGGGCCUUCUCCCCAGUGCAAUGUGACUUGGCCCAGGGCAGUUGUUGGUGUGUCCUAGGCAAUGGAGAGGAAGUGCCAGGGACCCGUGUGGUAGGCACCCAGCCUGCCUGUGAAAGCCCACAGUGUCCACUGCCAUUCUCUGGGUCAGAUGUGGCUGAUGGAGUGAUCGUCUGUGAGACAGCCUCUAGCUCAGGAGUGACUACUGUUCAGCAGUGCCAGCUGCUCUGCCGCCAGGGCCUCCGGAGUGCAUUUUCACCAGGGUCACUGAUUUGUAGCCUGGAGAGUCAGCACUGGGUGACACUGCCACCACCCCGAGCCUGUCAAAGGCCUCAGCUGUGGCAGACCAUGCAAACUCAAGCACACUUCCAGCUCCUGCUCCCACCAGGAAAGAUGUGCAGUGUUGACUACUCUGGCUUGCUGCAGGCCUUCCAGGUCUUCAUACUGGAUGAGCUGAUAGCCCGUGGCUUCUGCCAGAUCCAGGUAAAGACAUUUGGGACCCUGGUUUCCAGCACGGUCUGUGACAACUCCUCGAUACAGGUGGGGUGUCUGACUGCAGAGCGUUUAGGAGUAAAUGUCACGUGGAAGUUACAGCUUGAGGACAUCUCAGUUGGCUUGCUUCCAGAUUUGCACAGCAUUGAAAGGGCGUUAAUGGGCCAGGAUCUCCUUGGGCGCUUUGCAGAUCUGAUCCAAAGUGGCAAGUUCCAGCUUCAUCUGGACUCCAAGACAUUCUCAGCAGACACCACCUUGUAUUUUCUCAGUGGUGACAGCUUUGUCACCUCUCCCAGGACUCAACUUGGAUGUUUGGAAGGAUUCUACAGAGUCUCAACCACCAGACAGGACCCUCUGGGCUGUGUGAAAUGCCCUGAAGGAAGCUUCUCUCAGGAUGGGCGAUGCACUCCCUGUCCUGCUGGCACCUACCAAGAACAGGCAGGCAGCGUAGCCUGCAUCCCAUGCCCAAGGGGCAGAACAACCACCACGACUGGAGCUUUCAGCAAGACACAUUGUGUCACUGACUGUCAGAAGAAUGAGGCUGGCCUACAGUGUGACCAGAGUGGUCAGUACCAAGCCAGCCAGAAGGACAGAGACAGUGGGGAAGUUUUCUGCGUGGACAGCGAGGGGCAGAGACUACAGUGGUUACAGGCAGAGGCUGGACUCUCAGAAUCUCAGUGUCUGAUGAUACGGAAAUUUGAGAAAGCUCCAGAAUCCAAGGUUAUCUUUGAUGAUAAUUCUCCUGUGAUAGUCAAGUCCAGCGUCCCCAGUGCUGACUCCCCACUGCAGUGUUUGGCAGAUUGUGCAGAUGACAAGACCUGCAGCUUCCUUACAGUGUCCACAAUGGGGUCAGAGGUUUCAUGUGACUUUUAUUCUUGGACAAGGGACAACUUUGCCUGUGUGACUUCUGAUCAGGAACAAGAUGCUGUGGGCAGCCUGAAGGCAACCAGCUUCAGAAGCCUUAGGUGCCAGGUGAAAGUGAGGAAUAGUGGCAAGGAUUCUCUGGCUGUGUAUGUGAAGAAAGGCUAUGAAUCUACUGCAGCUGGUCAGAAGAGCUUCGAACCAACAGGUUUUCAAAAUGUGCUCUCUGGGUUGUAUAGCCCUGUGGUGUUCUCAGCCUUGGCAACCAAUCUGACAGAUACACACCUCUACUGUCUGCUGGCCUGUGACAAUGACUCCUGCUGUGAUGGCUUCAUCCUCACACAGGUCAAAGGAGGGCCCACCAUCUGUGGACUUCUCAGUUCUCCUGACAUUCUGGUUUGCCACAUCAAUGACUGGAGGGAUGCCUCUGAUACUCAGACCAAUGCUACAUGUGCUGGGGUGACAUACGACCAGGGGAGCCGCCAGAUGUCCUUGAGACUGGGAGGCCAAGAGUUCCUGCAGGGUCUGGCACUCUUGGAGGGAACUCAAGACAGCUUUACCAGCUUCCAGCAGGUCUACCUCUGGAAAGAUUCUGACAUGGGGUCUCGACUGGAGUCUAUGGCAUGUAAAAGGGGAUUGGUGCCAAGGUCAGACUCUCCAGGAGGAGCAGAUGUGGCAACAGAACUUUUCUUCCCUGUGGACAUUACCCAGGUCAUUGUCAACACAAGCCACUCGUUGCCCAGCCAGCAGUACUGGCUCUCCACACUCCUGUUUUCAGCAGAGCAGGCAAACCUGUGGUGCCUUUCUCGGUGUGCCCAGGAGCCUGUUUUCUGUCAACUUGCAGACAUAACAAAAAGCUCAUCUUUGUAUUUCACCUGCUUCCUAUACCCAGAAGCUCAGGUUUGUGACAAUGUCAUGGAAUCUAAUGCCAAGAACUGCAGUCAGAUUCUGCCCCACCAACCAACGGCCCUCUUCCGGAGGAAAGUUGUGCUGAAUGAUAGCGUGAAGAACUUUUAUACUCGCCUGCCGUUCCAAAAGCUCACAGGGAUUUCCAUCAGAGACAAAAUCCCCAUGUCUGGAAAACUCAUUUCCAAUGGGUUCUUUGAGUGCGAGCGGCUCUGUGACAGGGACCCUUGUUGCACUGGCUUUGGUUUUCUAAAUGUCUCUCAGCUGCAAGGAGGAGAGGUGACCUGCCUGACUCUGAACAGCAUGGGAAUUCAAACGUGCAGUGAGGAGAGUGGAGCAACCUGGCGCAUUUUGGAUUGUGGCUCUGAGGACACAGAAGUCCACACCCAUCCCUUUGGGUGGUACCAGAAGCCUGCUGUGUGGAGUGACACUCCCAGCUUCUGCCCUUCUGCUGCCCUGCAAUCCCUCACUGAAGAGAAGGUUGCUUUGGACUCCUGGCAGACCCUGGCCCUGUCUUCAGUGAUUGUAGAUCCAUCCAUCAAGCACUUUGAUGUUGCCCACAUCAGCACUGCGGCUACCAGUAACUUCUCCAUGGCCCAAGACUUCUGCUUACAGGAAUGUUCCCGUCACCAGGACUGCCUUGUCACUACCCUGCAGAUCCAGCCUGGGACUGUGAGGUGUGUGUUCUACCCUGAUACACAGAACUGCAUACACAGUCUAUGGAGCCACAACUGCUGGCUUCUGCUCCAUGAAGAGGCUACCUACAUCUACCGGAAGUCUGGAAUCCCUUUGGUCCAAUCUGAUGUAACAUCCACACCUUCUGUACAAAUUGAUUCCUUUGGCCAACUUCAGGGUGGGUCCCACGUCAUCAAGGUGGGCACUGCCUGGAAGCAAGUAUACCGGUUCCUUGGAGUUCCAUAUGCUGCCCCACCCUUGGCAGACAACCGCUUCCGGGCACCAGAGGUCUUGAAUUGGACAGGUUCCUGGGAUGCUACCAAGCCAAGGGCCAGCUGCUGGCAGCCAGGUACCCCUACACCUACACCUCCACAAAUCAAUGAAGACUGCUUAUAUCUCAAUGUGUUUGUCCCUGAGAACCUGGUCUCCAAUGCAUCAGUUCUGGUGUUCUUCCACAAUACCAUGGAGGUGGAAGGCAGUGGUGGUCAGCUGACCAUUGAUGGCUCCAUUCUGGCUGCAGUUGGCAACUUCAUCGUAGUCACUGCUAACUACAGACUGGGGGUCUUCGGCUUCCUGAGUUCAGGCUCUGAUGAAGUAUCUGGCAACUGGGGGCUGCUGGACCAAGUGGCAGCUCUAACGUGGGUGCAGUCCCACAUUGGAGCAUUUGGUGGGGACCCUCAGCGUGUGACACUGGCAGCAGACCGUAGUGGGGCUGAUGUGGCCAGCAUACACCUUCUCAUCAGCAGGCCUACAAGGCUCCAGCUCUUCAGGAAGGCGCUGCUUAUGGGAGGCUCUGCGCUAUCCCCGGCUGCAAUUAUCAGCCCAGAUAGGGCCCAACAGCAAGCGGCAGCCUUGGCAAAGGAGGUUGGAUGCCCUACUUCAUCCGUCCAGGAAGUGGUAUCAUGUCUCCGCCAGAAGCCUGCCAACAUUCUCAAUGAUGCUCAGACCAAGCUCCUGGCUGUGAGUGGCCCUUUCCACUACUGGGGCCCUGUGGUCGAUGGCCAGUACCUCCGUGAACUUCCAUCCAGACGGUUGAGGAGGCCUCUGCCAGUGAAGGUGGAUCUGCUCAUAGGAGGUUCCCAGGAUGAUGGGCUUAUCAACAGGGCAAAGGCUGUGAAGCAAUUUGAAGAGAGCCAAGGCCGAACCAACAGCAAAACAGCCUUUUACCAGGCACUGCAGAAUUCACUGGGUGGUGAGGACUCGGAUGCCCGCAUCCUUGCUGCUGCUGCGUGGUAUUACUCCCUGGAGCACUCCACAGAUGACUAUGCCUCCUUCUCUCGGGCACUGGAGAAUGCCACCCGGGACUACUUUAUCAUCUGUCCCAUGGUCAACAUGGCCAGCCUCUGGGCAAGGAGAACCCGUGGAAAUGUCUUCAUGUACCAUGUCCCUGAAAGCUAUGGCCAUGACAGCCUAGAAUUGCUGGCAGAUGUUCAGUAUGCUUUUGGACUGCCCUUCUACUCUGCCUACCAGGGCCAGUUCUCAACAGAGGAGCAGAGCCUGUCCCUGAAGGUCAUGCAGUAUUUCUCCAACUUCAUCAGAUCAGGAGAUCCUAACUACCCACAUGAGUUCUCAAGGAAGGCAGCUGAGUUUGCCACACCUUGGCCAGACUUUAUUCCUGGAGCAGGAGGAGAGAGCUACAAGGAGCUCAGCGCCCAGCUUCCCAAUCGGCAAGGCCUCAAACAAGCUGACUGCUCCUUCUGGUCCAAGUACAUCCAGACUCUGAAGGAUGAAGAUGGAGCCAAGGAUACACAGUUAACCAAGAGUGAAGAGGAGGACUUGGAAGUGGGGCCUGGUUUAGAAGACGACCUCUCAGGCUCACUGGAGCCUGUCCCCAAGAGCUACAGCAAAUGACCAACCCUGAGACCUCCCACCUUCCCUGCCAGUUCUACCCUAAACUGCCUGUCAUGGUGAUUUUACUACAUACAGCAACCAUUUGCUUUCAAUAAAGUAUGUGCAUACAACAAA